AUGCAGACCGCAUCGCAGCACCAUUGCAACUGGCAGUGGACCAAGAGCUGCAUCAACCACCCAAGCGUCCGACCUCUGAGUUCGAUGCCAGCACGAACGUCGCCAAGCAUUGUACCGAGAAAGAAACAGCGCGUCGUGAAAUCAAAGUUGGCCGCCUCUGCUGCGAAGAAGGAGUACCGGCAAACCAAGCGUGCGAAGAAAUCUCAAAUGCGUCAAGCUGAUGAACAACCGCAGGUGGAAGACUUCCUGAUGAAGUUUGUGCCCGCUCAGCAUCCGAUCAUACCAGAAGGACCGGCGCUGAGCCGUGGAGAGAUGGCUGCUUUGGACGUUGAGCUCAACUCGCGUCCAUUUCAGGCAUUGGACAAGCCGGAGGCACUACAAGAUGACAUUGAUUUCGUCGAGGGAGUUCUCGACGACAUCAACCUUCAUUUGACGCUAGAGUCGUAUCCUUUUCAACCACUGGAAUACCCUACUGCCAUUCAUGGUGAGGUUCAAUUCAUCGAGGAGGCCCUCCACGACAUCGACCUUGGCGAAGAUCCACCGUUCCUCAUGAUCCAGUCCAAUAUGCGAUUCAAGUACGGCCUCCAUGCCGAAACCCUGUGA